GAGGGGCUGAAGGACUUGUCUGCAGAAGCAGGUCUCCAGGUUCCAAAUGCGGACCCCAGAGAAUCCCUCUCCUGCUCCUACACACACCCAAGGUGUGAGGCAGUAGGGAUGUGAGCACCCAGGCCGCGGGAGCCCAGAGCAUGUUCCAGAUCCCAGAGUUUGAGCCGAGUGAGCAGGAAGGCUCCAGCUCUGCAGAGAGGGGCCUGAACCCCAGCACCGCAGGGGACAGCCCCCCAGGCUCUGGCAAGCAUCGACGCCAGGCCCCAGGCCUCCCGGGGGACGCCAGUCACCAGCAGGGACAGCCAACCAGCAGCAGCCACCAUGGAGGCGCUGGGGCUGUGGAGACCCGGAGUCGCCACAGAUCGUACCCCGCAGGGACGGAGGAGGACGAAGGGAUGGAGGAGGAGCCCAGCACCUUUCGGGGCCGUUCGCGCUCGGCACCCCCCAACCUCUGGGCAGCACAGCGCUAUGGCCGCGAGCUCCGGAGGAUGAGUGACGAGUUCGUGGACUCCUUUAAGGGACUUCCUCGCCCGAAGAGCGCGGGCACAGCAACGCAGAUGCGGCAAAGCGCCAGCUGGACGCGAGUCAUCCAGUCCUGGUGGGAUCGGAACUUGGGCAGGGGAGGAUCCGCUCCCUCCCAGUGACCUUCGCUCCACAUCCCAAAACUCCACCCGCUCUUAUCGCCCUGAGUGGCCAUCUUGGAUAUGGGCGGAAGUGCUUCCUGCAGGCCUUAUGCAAAAAAAGGAUCCGUGCCAUCUCUUUCGGAGGGAGGGCUGACCCAGAUUCCCUUCCGGUGCGUGUGAAGCCGCGGAAGGCUUGUUCCCAUCGGAAGUUUUGCGUUUUCCGCCCGAAGCCCCCGGAAGUGGCUCCGUGGCCCCGCCCUUCGGUACCGGGCUGCCCCCAGACGCCUGAGCCAAGUCUCGAACCAGGCUUCACCGUUGCGUCAGCGGGAUCGAGCCCCAGCGAUGCCCCGCGGGCCGCGCUCGCUACCAAAUGUUAAUAAAGCCCGCGUCUGUGCCGCCGAA